AUGGAGUCGUACAAUAACACUACGAACUACCGGAACUUAACGCAUCCACCAUCGCCAGCAUGGGCCCCCCUAACCAGCGCCCAGGUAUCAAUUUCUUGUCUAUCAGUUCUCCUUAAUGCGAUAGUCCUGAUAGUGCAGUUUUUACCACAAACUCACGUAACAUCGUUUACAAUUUACCUGAUCUUCAUCUCGGUCAGCAGUGUGCUGUGGCUGAUCGCCACCCGGCCAAUCCAGAUUCUGUACGCGUUUACGGGAUCCUGGCCAGGCGGUGAUCCGGGAUGUGUGGUGUUCAUGUAUUUCCAGUUUGUCGUCAGCCAAAUUCCCGUACUGAUUCAUAUCCUGAUUUCUGUCAAUCGUUUAUGGGCGGUGAAAUAUCCCGUAUCAUACCGCGAACGCCAUAAUAAAAAGUUGGCGAUACUCUUGUGUUUAGCCGUGGUAGCCUACGUCCACCUGGUGCAUUUUUCCAUCUACCUCUUGGAAUUUUUCUAUUACAAUCCACCGGGAAAGACGGGAGGAUGCCAGCCGUCGGGAGGCAGUCUGAAUUGGCGGCGCGUGGAUAUUGUUCUGCAUCGCAUCAUUCCUCUGUUCACGGUUAUUACCAUGUACGUCUACAUUAUGGUGCACCGAUGGCGAAAGAAGGGUCAGGUUCAGAAUCAAGAGAAUAAAGCGUCCGGUCAGACGUCAAAAGGGCAAACAAGCCAUGAUACUGUUAAGCCGGAAAGAGGCGGAGCGGCGGGAAAUCCUGGUCAGUCGGUUUACCAGCGCAAACGACAACAGGUCAAACCGUUUGUCGUGCUGACCGCAACGUCGAUUGUUGUGUUCGUCUGCUGGGUGCCUCCGAUUGUCUACUGGUCGAUGGUCUAUAUGAAUAUUCCUGUGGCCAAUUGGGCUAUCAAUGCCACGUCCAUGUUUUAUUCGUGCCAGAUGAUUUUUGAUCCGUUGGUGUGGUUGUUCAGUUUGCGAUGA